AUGUGCUCGAUCCCUUCUCUCAAUUUCUACGACCUCUUAUCCGUCUGGCACAAAUCACCCAUCAGAAGGGUCAUAAGAGAAGCAAGCAAGACAGGGGUCAUAAUGGAGUUCCCAACAGAGCAAAACAAAGAAGGAAAUGAAGAUUCAAGUUCCAAUUUCUUAUCCAACAUAAAGAGUUGCAACAAAUCAUGGCAUUGCCCUUGGGGACACACCAUUGUUGACAAUAUCGCACCAUUGUUCAAAAAAAUCUUGGAGGAAAAUUACAUAUCAUCUUCAGUGUGCCCUUUGGAGGAUACUAAACAGAAUAGGUCAUUAUGUGCAAGUCCGGUGAGGGGCGUUUUAGACAAUUCAGUCUCAGUCUCCACCAUCCCUUCCUCACCUAUAAACAAGGAAGAAGAAGUCGGAGGAUUCCCUGUUUGUAAAUCAUCUCCUGCCCUUAGUGAAUCCGGAUUAAGGAAUCUCGGGAGGGGCAGUUGA